AUGGAUCUAAGUGGAAUCGCAGCCGGCAGCGAAACUGCGACAGCAGUACCCUCUGAGGUCAGCGCGUGCCCCUGCAUCCGCAACCGCUUCAGCGCUUUAGAGAAUGCCAUUGCGAAUGCCGCUGAGUAUCUGUCACAAGCAGGGGUCUUAGGGGCUGCGCGCCUGGUUGGAUCCAUGCAGAUCGAAGACGGGCAGUUGUUGCAAGCGGAGGAGCGACUUUGGGGUAUCGCCGCUAUGCGGGACAGCGGAGGUCAGAGUAUCUGUCCUGGUGUUCGCUGGAGACAACAACAGCGCGCCUUCAAGUCCAAGCAAACAGACCUGCAGUGCCACAUCAGAAAGCUAAGGGCGGUUCUGCUCGGCCUAGCAGAGGAGGGCAGGCGCGCCAUUGCAAAGCUAAAGAGCAAAGGAGACGAAGUUCGCGACGCCUUUCCUGACCUCGUCAGCUGCACGUGCACCCCAUCCCAGACCCAAAGUCCCAGACGCUCAGACAUGGAAGCCUUUCAGAGGCUGCACAGGCAGUGGAUGGACAGCAAUAAGGGGCACAUUGCAGCCAAGACAGGAAGCAGCCCUGUAGUGGACAGAAUAAAAACUGCACGUUGGUCGCGAAGGCUAUUUGCGAUCUGUGCUCAGUUCCCUGCGUUAGAAGAUGUCCUGCGGCAGCGAGCAGUGGAGGAAGAGCGGCAGCAGCAACUACAAGCUGAAGUUCAGUCUCUAAGCAAAGUGCUCGAGGCCAGCGAAGAGCGUGUCAAGGAGGCAACGGAGAGCCUGGCCGCGGCCACCCAUCUGCGCGUUUCUUCUCAGCCCGCCGUUUCCCUCACCUCUAUAAUGACAGCUCUCCAGGCAGGCAGAAUGGCACGCAGAAUCGCUCAAGUUUGCCGUAUGCGCUCGUGGCUUUGUUACGGUCAGCACAACAAUGGAGAUUGCACGAAUGCGGUUACAGGAGCCUUCAUGUGCGCUGAGGUGCUGCUGUCUACUUUCCUUCAAAUGCCAAGUGCUCCUCUACUGCUCCCGCAGGCUGAACUGAAGCAGCUGGACGUACGGGCAGCGAUAUUGCUACAAGCGUCAAACCAGGCAAAGUCUGAUACUGCUGCGGAAGCGGUGGAAGAAGCUGAAGAGAUCCCCACCCUUGACUGA